UGCUUGUGCUCUGAGGUAUCGACCAGCCUUCACUAUGAACGCCCUUGUGUGCACCGUCCUACUCAGUGCCCUGGUUGCCAGCGCCUUUGGCGGAUUUAUCGGAGGCGGCGGCGGUGGUCUGGGUGGUGGUGUGGGUGGAGGAUACGUCGGUGGAGGCGGUCUUGGAGGUUACGGUGGAGGUCUCGGAGGCUACGGCGGAUACAGCGGAGGCUACGGCGGAGGCUACGGUGGAGGUCUCGGAGGCGGCGUUGGAUUCGGAGGCCUGGGUGCCGGUGGCAUUGGAGGAGGCGGCGGCGGCAACGUCGGUGUGGGAAGCAGCGUCGUCCUUCUCAGCGGUGGCCGGGCGGGUGCCAGCAGGUCCGUGGCCGGACCGGCGUUCCUGGUACGCACUGUGCACCACGUCAAUCAGGUUUCCGGUGGCGGAGCUGUUGUAGCCCACUCCGGAAUUGGCGGCGUCGGCGGAGGCGCCGCCGUUGGAGGCGUUGGUCUUGGAGGUGGCGUCGGAGGUUACGGAGGUGGCUACGGAGCCGGAGGUCUCGGUGGAGGCUACGGUGGCUACGGUGGUUACGGCGCUGGUGGCUAUGGUGGAUAUGGCGGCUCCGGCGCUGGUGGCUAUGGCGGUGGCAGUGGUGUCGUCGGCAAGGCCUUGCUGAUCAAGCACCACAAAUGAGUGCCCGAUUCUGAUGAAUGCAAAAAUCCGAGUGAAGAAUCUUCCAGCGAAAGCAGUACAGUGUCGGCCUCUGGGGGAAAGUGUCAGCAGCUCACACCUGCCAUCUAAGUCGAAGAAGUGACCUCAACAGUGCAAAUUAUGUUCAUAACUUGUGUAAAUAUAUAUAUUGACGAAGGCCUCGCUCUUCGGCAACGGAAAUA